GAGAAGCUUUAUCCUUAGUGGAAUUUGCUUAUUUAAAGGAACUCAAUGUCCAAACUCGCAGUUGGAUCUCAGUCCAUAGUUCAAAGUCCUCUUCAUUCAUUCCAUAAAAUCAUUCACAUGCAUACGUGCCCUAAACAUUCAAGACCCUAGCUAUUAUUAACGUAUAUAUAUAGUAGUACGUCAACAUCUACGAAAAAUAAAAAUGGCCAAAAGAAGUAUAUGUAUAUCACUCUUCACUAUGUGUGUUUUUUGCGUGACCUUGUUCCCUAGAUUUUCGGAAUCUUCCAGCGCGAGCGUGUUCCUCUACAGCGGGUGCACGCCGCAACGGUACACUCCGAACUCGCCCUACGAGUUGAACCUGGACUCGCUACUCACCUCGCUGGUGAACUCGGCCACGUACUCGUCCUACAACAACUUCACCGUGGUGGGGUCCACGCAGGAGGACGCGCUGUACGGCCUCUACCAGUGCCGCGGCGACCUCGCCAUGCCGGACUGCGCCGCCUGCGUCGCGCGCGCCGUCACGCGCGCCGGGGACAUCUGCCGCCAGACCUGCGGCGGCGCCGUGCAGCUCGACGGCUGCUUCGUGAAGUACGACAACGCCACCUUCCUCGGCGUCGAGGACAAGGCGGUGGUGCUCAAGAAGUGCGGGCCCUCCGUCGGCUACAACCCCGGCGCCAUGGCCAGCCGCGACGCCGUGCUCGCCGGCCUCUCCGGCAGCGGCGGGAUCUUCAGGGUGGGCGGCUCCGGCGACGUGCGCGGCGUGGCGCAGUGCACCGGCGACCUCAGCGGCGGCGAGUGCCAGGACUGCCUGACGGAGGCGAUCUCGCGGCUGAAGAGCGACUGCGGCACGGCGGAUUACGGCGACAUGUUUCUCGGGAAGUGUUACGCGAGGUACUCCGUGAGUGGGGCCCACGAUGAGUCCAAGGCCCACGGAAAAUCGAAUCAUGGAGGUGAAAAGACAUUUGCUAUAAUUGUUGGGUCAUUAGCAGGAUUGGCUAUACUUAUUAUUUUCUUUGCUUUUAUGAGCAAGAUUUGUGGGCGACAGGGUAAAUAAAUGAAUUAAUUUUGUGACUCAAACUCAAAGUGACAUUAGCACUUAUGAAUUCUCUCUAAUUAUUUUUAUUUUACUUACUCCUUUUUAAAUUUAAAAUUGAAUUCUAAAGAGAAGUUUGAACCUUGAGGAGGAUACGACGCAUAUGGAAAAAAGAAGAAGAGGCAGGAAGGUGGGUGAGCUAAGAGAUUCUAGCAACUUUCCUUCCCACUUGACAAAGUUGUGUUGUCUAAUGUCUCAUGCAUGCUUGUAAAGAAAAAGUCUAUAUAUUAUUCUUUGUUUCUUUAAAGUUGUAUUACAUUUUUCCUUUCUUUAUCAUCGCUAUAUGCACCCACGAACCUUUUUUUGGGUACUUACUUCAAAUGGAACUUCCAUUUUUUUUAUUAAAUUAAAUUACUUAUCUCAUUGUACAAAUUUGUGAGUUUCGUAUUGGAAUCUAUUUAAUCAAUUGA